AUGAACGAUUUUAAGAAUUUAAAGGCUGAAAAACAGAUUGCACUCCCAAAAAAUCUUAUCAAUUUAAUAUUAGAAUCAAAUCAACAUAACCUUCAGGGACAACAAUGGUUAGCACAAAAGCAAGCACAGGCAGCUGCACAGCAGCAACAACAAGAGGAAGAGGAACCUUAUUCGGCAGAACCAUAUCAAGAUGAUAAUAAUUCAUCCAAUACUAUCAUCAAUAGCAACAAUAAUCAUCACAAUAUUCACUCUUAUAAUGGACUGCAGCACAUGAACUCUUAUCCAAACUUACGAACACCUCAAAAUCAAAUGACAAAAACAUAUCAAAUACCACAAGAUGUCAAAAUUCAGUUUGAUGGUGAACAAAGUGAUACCUUUGUUUUGAUUUCGGGACUUUCCCCUGAUACUCUUAGUAUGCCACUUCCGGGUGGUCGUAAAUUGACACUUUUGGAUAAUUGGCGUGAUGUUCGCUAUAUCGUGGAGGAUCCAAUUGUCGCCAGUACAAGUUCAUUGGGAUCAAUUCAUGAUAGAGCCGUAGAGACAUUUUAUCAGUUAGUAGGAGGACAAGUGGAUUAUGGGCACUCACAUUCUUCAAGGUUUGGCCAUAAACGGUAUGGUGAAAAUUACGAAGUGGGGCUCUUUCCCGAAUGGAGUGCUGACAAUCCAAUUGUAUUAAUCGGAAAAGGAACCGGCGGUACUGUUGCUCAUUACUUGCAACAUCUUAUUUCCAUAGACUACUUUGGGAAAUCCACAUCAGGAAAAUGGGUUAAAGCCGUAAUCUGUCUGUCUACUCCUCAUCGUGGUUCGGUGCUUCCGUACAUUCUUGGCCUUAUUCCCGGAACAAGAACAUCAAUUUCCGAUUUUUCUUUCCUCAAAGUUUUCCUUACUAUUAUCCAUUUAAUCUGUUACUUCACAUUUUUGGAUACAUUUUUUGGCUUCAAAUUGAACAGUAAAUGGCCAUUAGCUAGGUCGACUGAAGGAGGGGAACAAACUUUAUGGGAUUCUCUUUGUGCAAGAAGCCCUUUUACGUAUUGUGGUGAUAAUUUUUUGGUCGACUUAUCCGUUGAGGGCGCUAGAUCGAGGUACGCAACGGAGGAUUGGAGACGGCAACAUUUAGAUCCCGGUGUUGUUUAUAUUAAUUAUAUCACUACCGGUCAAUCAUGGAGAUCAAGGGAGACGGGAUAUCAUUGGCCUCGAUUUAGCUGGCGUAAUUGGCCAAACGCAAUAUUCUCUUUUAUUCUGGGCAUAGGUCAACAUCAAUUCACACGUGAAACUGAACAACAAGUUCUUCGAACCCCUUCAUCCAAUUUUUGGGAAAAUGACGGAACAUUAAGUGUUUAUUCGCAACAACCUCAACCUCAUCAACCAAUCGCCAUGAAUAUUGCCCUCCCUGAAAAACUAUUCGAUCCGGUUGAUCAUGAACUUCAAUCCGGAUCUUGGUACAACGUUUACGUUGAAGAUCUUUCGCACACAGUAUUGUUCGACAAAGAACCAUUCCUGCUUACUCUUCCGCUUAUAAAUGCAUUUUUGGAGUUGUCAUUUAUGCAACAGUUAGUUGAUUGGUUUGAAAGAAACAGUGAACAACUCGAAGAAUAUUACAUAACAAGUGUUGAAUUUGUUGAACGAACAAUGAUGAAUUUCCGAAUGAUAUUGAAAUGGAUAGCUAAUAAAAAAACAUCGAAUAAGCGAUCUUCGACCAUGAAAUUCUCUAAUGCGAAUAAUAAUAAAGUGACAAAACAACAAAAUAAUCCGAUUUAUUUGAAUGCAACACAACCAAAUAUACCUUUAUCUCUCGCUGAAAAAUGUCAGGCUGUUGAUCGAUUUGAAAGACACGCAAGCGAUAAAGCAGGAAUUGAAUGGAUUCGACGUGUCGAAACCAUGGCAGUUACGAAUCCUUUUACCGCGAAUAAUGUUUCCUCGGCUUUCGCAGCUGGUGAUGGACCGAUGUUUAUUAAUAAAGCGCGACGAAGAAUGACUGCAAACGAGUAUAAAGCUUCUGUUAUAGGGAAUUCAAGUAGGUUGGGAGUGACAAGCGGAGUUUUAUAA